CAGUAUCCGUGAGGCAGUCUACUGAAUCAGGCUGAAUUCUCUGUAGACUUAGAGUUAAUAUUUACGUGUAUGAAUGAUAUAUUGAAAGUGUCCAUUUCUGUGUUAAAAUUAAUUUUCUGUGACAUUUAAUGGUGCAUUUGGCUGGCGUUAUGCGUUCCGAUUAUUUAUAAGCCGUGCCGUGAAUUGGCGAGCGAAUUCCAGACUUUAAAUUUCGCUUUUGGAAUAACCGGGAGAGGAUGGACUACUCUCGGCCAAUAUGUGCCCUCCUUGCUCUUCUCGUUUUCUAUUUAACGCACCUCGCACAAUGUACGAACGCGAAGAUAAACUUCAGAGAAAAAGAGAAACAGAUUCUGGACCAGAUUUUGGGUCCAGGGAGAUACGACGCGCGCAUCAGACCCUCCGGUAUCAAUGGCACUGGCGAUGCGCCAACGUUUGUUCACGUCAACAUGUAUCUACGAUCUAUCAGCAAAAUAGAUGAUUACAAGAUGGAAUAUUCCGUACAAUUGACGUUCAGGGAACAAUGGCUGGAUGAACGCUUGAAAUUUAACAAUUUGGGAGGUCGCUUGAAGUACCUAACGCUGACAGAAGCCAACAGAGUAUGGAUGCCGGAUCUGUUCUUCUCGAACGAGAAGGAAGGUCACUUCCACAACAUCAUCAUGCCGAACGUGUACAUCAGGAUAUUCCCCAAUGGCAACGUGCUGUACAGCAUCCGUAUCUCGCUGACUCUGUCCUGUCCCAUGAACCUGAAAUUGUACCCGUUGGAUAAGCAAACUUGCUCAUUGAGGAUGGCUAGUUAUGGCUGGACGACUGACGAUCUCGUGUUCCUGUGGAAGGAAGGUGACCCAGUCCAGGUUGUGAAGAACCUACAUCUGCCUCGCUUUACCCUCGAGAAAUUUUUAACUGAUUACUGUAACAGCAAAACUAAUACAGGUGAAUACAGUUGCUUGAAAGUGGACCUCUUGUUCAAGAGAGAGUUCAGUUACUACCUCAUCCAGAUCUACAUUCCUUGCUGCAUGCUUGUCAUUGUCUCCUGGGUUUCCUUCUGGUUGGAUCAAGGAGCUGUACCUGCUAGAGUGUCACUGGGGGUAACAACGCUCCUAACGAUGGCGACCCAAUCGUCCGGCAUCAACGCGUCACUACCCCCCGUGUCCUACACAAAAGCGAUCGACGUCUGGACCGGCGUGUGUCUCACGUUCGUGUUCGGCGCGCUGCUCGAGUUCGCGCUCGUGAACUAUGCGUCUCGCUCUGACAUGCACCGCGAGAAUAUGAAGAAAACGAGACGGGAGAUGGAGGCCGCCGCGAGCAUGGACGCCGCGUCGGAUUUGCUAGAUACGGACAGUAAUACUACGUUCGCGAUGAAACCGCUGAUGCGCGGCGCCUCCGACAAGAUGCGGCAGUGCGAGAUCCACAUGAGCCCGCCCAAGAAGAACUGCUGCCGCAUUUGGAUGUCCAAGUUCCCGACGCGCUCCAAGCGGAUAGAUGUCAUCUCUCGCAUCACCUUCCCGCUCGUGUUUGCGCUCUUCAAUCUGGCUUACUGGUCGACGUACCUGUUCCGCGACGAGGAGGAACAAAAGUGAUUCUCGCGGUCCGGUGGGGGCGCGGGGCAGGCGGCGCAGCUGGCGGGCGCGGUGCUCUCGCCGUACGCGGUGUUCGUCGCGGUGUACGUGCUGUGCCUGCGCGCGCCCCCGCCGCCGCGCCCGCCGCGCGCGCACGCGCGUACCAGGAUAUAGAUGGAUCCUUGUUUCGUUCGAUGUUUUGACAGCGUUUGACGGAAUAGUACCGUGGGCGUGGCGUUGUGUUGGUAGUAAUGUUUUUCAGUGUGGCUCGCCGUUUGUCGUUUGGACGGUUUUGGACGUCCAUUGUUAGAUAUACUCUCCCAAGGAUUUCCAAAUCGACCGCACAUCAGCGGCCUGAGUCUCUACCACCAGU